UCACCAGCAUCCUCUGCUCUCACCAUUCUCUGCCAACUCUGCUCGACUCCGUCGCCGUGCGCUCGACGUCUCAGAGCUCCAAUGCAACCGUGCAUACACCCAAUCUUCUCCGCAUCACUUAUAGAUUUUAUAUGCAUCUAUGUGCCUUUGAGUGGGAUACGAUCCAAGCAACAGGAGCCUCUCUUCGUCCUCACACCAGCUUCCGGCUCCAGCUCGGCCGCCUUCUAACCGACGGCACCUACGAUGCCUGCGAGGCUGCAACGUCUCCUCGUCCUCGUCCCUUCUGGCCUGCUCGUACACCCAUAUAAUAGUGUUUGGUAGAUGUUACCGAGACGGGGAUGAAUGAAUUUCAGCUCAGUCCAAAUUCUUUUCUAUUUUUUCUGCUCGGAUCGCUUGCUUCUUCCCCGCCUCUCUUCUUCCUCCUCCAUAUAAGAAGCUCCCGCCGUGCUCGCCCGCCACCGCCAGCCCGUGCAGUCAGUUACCGGGUCAGUGCCGUCAUCAGUAGCAGUAGGUGGUGAGUCCAUCACCCGCUCGCCCAUCCAUCUGCUUUCGACCUCCCCUGCUCUUGACCGGCCAACCAUCGAUCGCGGCGCGGCCAAGCGAUCCCCGCCAUAAAGGCGAGCGCGAGCGAGGGAGAGCAAGUCCACUGUUGCAUUGCUGGCUGCUCUGGCUUUCUGAGGAAGAAGAAGAAGAAGAAGAGUGGUUGCGGUGCCGGUUUCGGUUGCGACAUGAGGAGGCCAGCGGGGAUGGCGCGCGGUGGCGCGGCGGUGACGGCGGCGGGGAGGGCGACGAGGGUGAUGCGGGCCGCGGUGUCGGCGUUCUUCGGCGGGUACCACUGCUUCACCUCCGUGGCGGCGCUGCUGGCGCUGCCGUUCUCGGCGGCGGUGCUGGCGUCCGAGGCGGCGGCGCCGUCGUCGGCGACGCUGCGGGGGACGGCGGCGCGGCUCCGCUCCGUAUUCGCCGCCGCGGGGUUCCCGCCGUCGCCCUUCUUCGCGCUGCUCGAGGCCAAGCUCUCGCAGACCGUCUUCACGUUCGCGGCCACGCUGCCGUUCGCGCUCACGUUCCUGCUGCUCGCCAAGGCCUGCGUCGCCGCCAUGCUCCGGGACCGGGACGACGGCGGCGUCGCGCCGCCCCGGCGGCAGCAACGAAAGCUCGCCUCCGCGCUCCCGCCGUGCGGCGCCGUCGUCCGCGCGUACCCGGCCGUCGCCGCCACGCACCUCCUCAACGCCUUCCUCAUGCUCUCCGCCAACGCCGCCGUGUUCUCGCUGCUCCUCCUCGCCUUCGGCGCCGCCGACCUGCUCGGCCUCACCUCCCACUUCUGGACGCUCGCGCUCUCCGCCGCGGGCGCCAUCGUCUACUCCCUCGCCAUCGGCGUCGCCACCGUGGUCUGCAACCUCGCCGUCAUCGUGGCCGCGACGGAGCCCGGGUGCGCGGGGCACGCCGCCGUGCUCAGGGCGUGCGUGGCGAUCAGGGGCCGGGUGUCGACGGCGCUGGCGCUGGCGCUACCGACCAACCUCGGGAUGGCGGCGGCCGAGGCGCUGUUCGGGCUCCGCGUUGUCGCGCAGCGCCGGAGCGCCGGGAGGCUCGCGCCGGGGGUCGCCGGCGAGGCAUUCUCCAUCGCCUACAUCCACGCGAUCUGCGUCGUGCUCGAGAUCAUCGUCAGCUGCAUGUUCUACCGGAGCUGCAAGAGGAGUGAAGCUGACGAGCUCAGAGAGCUCGAGCCAGAGGAGAAGGGUGAUCUCCAGGCUUGAGCAUCGGAGCUCUCACCUUCAGCUUCAGUCUGGUGUACAAGGAAAAGAAAAAAAAACACACAAAUAGCAGCAUAGUUUGUCUUUCUGAGAAGCAACAGGAUCAGAUAAGGUAGAUUUCUGCAAAUGUUUUUUUACGGCAAGCAAAUGAUAAAUUGAGGUGAAAUAAAUAAUUAUCUUGUACAGAAGGAGAUACUCUUUUCAUCAACUGAAAUAAGAAAUCAUGGAAUUUUGCAUUGUUUGGUGCUGUAA